AUGCCAAGGGUCAAGCCAGAGAGAGGUCGUGGCGCCAUUGCCAUUGGUAAAGGUUAUGACUUUAAGGGCCUUGCAUAUAGUGCUAGGAAUAUGCCUCCAAACCUAAGAGGCAUCAGAAGAUGGCAAAACUAUCCAAAGAGAGUCAUUUUUAAUGAGGGAGUGGGGGGAAAAGUAGACCCAGGAGACCCAGAUGCUGUUGUUCUUAGAAGCAAUCUUCCAGAUGAGAGGUCAAGAUGCUGUGGUCUCUCUAGGUGGCAAACCAAAAGGGACUUUGUCUUCUCUAGGCAGUGGUUUUGUGGACAAGAUGGAUCAUAUACCAUAUUGCUAUUUCCAGCUUUCCACAAGAAGAGACCUCCUAGAUCUGGCUAUCGACGUACAAAAAUUAAUCCUUCCACUUGGGAGAUAAGAGAUCUGAAUCUAUCCCCCGCUUCAAAUGCUGCAAGAUGUCUGGUCACACAAAUCUUGGAGGUACCCUCUAGUGGCUGGUUUACACGGAAGAAGAAUCACUGGUCAGAAUUUGAAAAGACAGUUCCCUAUGCUUUGUUGUGCCAAGUUGCAGGCCUCAAGGAAUACUUUGAAGCAAAUCCUGCACUCAGGUUUGACUCUUCAACUACUGUUGUCCAUUCAAAAGCCUCUACUUCUUCUGGUGCAAGUGGUGAAUCUGAGGACGAAGAAGUUAGCGAUGAAUUCUAUGAUGCAAUUGCUGGUGAUUCAUCAUCUGACGAAGAGGACAACAAUGAUGAUGUAGAGGUUGCCAAGGAUGGGCAAAUGAAGCUGAAGAAUGUCUCAUGGGCCAUUGCAAGCUUGGACUUAAAACGAAGUUCAGUUGCAGUCACCAAUGAGGAACUAGAUAACUGCAUUCCUCCUAUUAGUAUUGAUGCAAGUCAGUAUCAUGGCUCCAUGUCCCAAGGAAAAGAUGUUACUGACACAAACUGUUGGUCUUGUCCGGGAGGAGAAGGAUUUAUGAUAAGAGGAAAGACAUACUUGAAGGAUAAUUCUAAGGUGGUUCCAUCUUUCCUAUUUUAUUUGUUUUGCUUGAUCAGCAGCGAAGAAACAUAAUAUUAUUAGAGAUUG